AUGAGCGGCGAUGAAGCAGAAGAUGGUCCAGCGCAUGCUUUGCAGGUCAUUGUCCUUGGAUCAGGGGGUGGACCACAAGAAAACAAUGUCACUGCGCUUCUUGUACGAGCUACCCAAGCUGGAUGGGCUCGAGGCUCUAUAAUCGCCGUGGAUGCGGGCGUCCAUCUGUCUGCCAUUACUCGAAUUCUUCAGGAAACCCUACCGCAAGGGUUAGGUACGGAAGUAGCACUGCCACACAAGUUAGAGACUGGCCCCUUUGCUGGAUUGGAAGUCAAUGCAAAAUCGCCAGAGAGAAAUGCGGUUCACAUCACUAGACAGCUCAUCGACACAUAUCUGAUCACUCAUCCUCAUCUCGACCAUAUCAGUGGCUUCGUUAUCAAUACCGCUGGACUACCUGGAACAAGGCCGAAACGGUUGGCCGGUCUUCCAUCCACCAUCUCGGCUUUCAAGACACAUAUCUUCAAUAACACGAUAUGGCCGAACCUAUCGGAUGAAAACAAUGGUGCUGGACUGGUGACUUAUAUGCGACUUGUGGAAGGCGGAAGUCCUGCAAUGGGUGAAGGAGCAGGCAAAGGUUACCUUGAAAUCUCUGAUGGCCUUGGCGUGAAAGUAUUUGGUGUUAGUCACGGUCAUUGCAUAGAGAGACACAGUCACCGUGGCUCGCAGUCAUCGUCUCGAAUCGGGAGCGCAGAUAUGUCGAUCAUGUUUCCACGAAGCGCCCCUGGCAGUAAUGCUGCUUCGGGUCCAAGUGGUCUUUUCAGAGCUACAAGCAUGGCGCGAUCCUCAGCGCAAAGUCAGGAGCAAGAACAUAUAUGUGUGUAUGAUUCUAGUGCUUAUUUCAUACGCUGCCACAAAACCGGCAAAGAGGUUCUCAUCUUUGGUGAUGUCGAGCCUGAUACUAUAUCCUUAUCUCCUCGAAAUCUUGUCAUCUGGCAAGAAGCAGCUCCUAGGAUAGCUCGGGGCGACUUGGCUGCCAUUUUCAUCGAGUGUAGCUACGACGACAGUCAGUCUGACGAUCGAUUGUUCGGCCAUUUAGCUCCACGUUUCAUCAUAGAAGAGAUGCGUGCAUUGGCCAGCGAAGUCGAAAGUGCUCGCCAGCGUCCUGUUAAACUCGAGACGACUAAGAAACGAAAACGAGAGUUGGAGGAAGCCGUCCGCCGGAUGAAUCCAGCUAGAUCAACACCGGAUGAGUAUCCCGUUUCGCCCAAGUCUACGAAACCGACGCGGUCUUACUCAGGUUCAGACGGUUUCCCAUCGCCAAUGACGACCCCGCAUAUUGCGACACCUACUGCUGAACUGAGUCUCCAGGACCUAGACCCGACAAUUCAGAUUUCUAUUCCACAGAAACCCAUCUCUGUUCGACCCCUUGAGGGUUUGAAAGUCGUCAUUAUUCACGUGAAGGAUAACUUUAGUGACGAAGAAACAACAGGCGAGAUCAUCAUCAGCGAGCUUCUGGAUUAUGAGAAAGAAGCUCAACUCGGGUGCGAAUUCGUCAUUUCACAGAAAGGCGACAGCUUUUUCUUUUAG